AUGUCUUCAUCUAUACAUCUUCAUAUAGGAGGAGCAGGUGUAAUGAUUGGAGAUAUGUUAUGGAAAUUAUAUUAAAAGGAAUAAAAAGACACAAAGAAUUAAAAAUAUAUAUAUUCAUAAUAGGAUGAUGAUGUUUAUUAUCCAAGAGUUAUUUUUACAGAUUUGGAUGAUAGAAUGAUUAAUGAAGUUAAAAAAAAUAAAUAGAUUUUUUUUUAAAAUAGUUCAUUUAUUACUGGAAAAGAAGAUGCCUCUAAUAACUAUUUCAGAGGUUAAACUUUAGGUAGAGUUCUGAUACAUUAAUGCUUAGAAUCUAUUAGAAAGGAAGUUGAAAAUAUAGAUUAUUUAGAUCAAUUUUUAAUAGUUUCAUCAAUCAGUGGAGGAACUGGAUCAGGUUUCACAUCUUUGGUAUUAGAAAGAUUAAGUGAAGAAUAUGGAAAGAAAAUAUAAAAAAAUGCUUUUGUAUUGUAUCCAUCUUCUUAAAUAUCAAAUAAUUUAAUCGAUAGUUACAAUGCAGUCUUUUCAACUCAUAUGAUGAGUGAAUAUUGCAAUUCUGUAAUUACAUUUGAUAAUUAAUCCAUCUAUAAUGUUAUUGAUAAUUAAAUUGGAUUAGAUUAUGUAGAUUAUACUUAAUUAAAUAAUGUCAUUGCUUAGGUUAUUAGCACAUAUACAGGUGUAAAAAGACAUACAAAUAUAUGUAAUAAUAUGAUAUUUUCAAAUAUGUGUCCAUAUCCUACACUUCAUUUCAUAAUUCCAUCAUAUGGGUUAUUAAGAUCUGUUAAUAAUGAUAUAAAAAGAGAAAAUUAAAAUGAAUUACUUAAAAUUUUAAUUAAAAAAGAAUCAAAGUUAUUUUAAUGUUCAAUAAAUUCUGCUUAUUUAUCAACAACUCUAAUAUAUAGAUCAAAAAGAAAUAUAGAUAAUAUCUUUUUUAGGCAAAAUGAAAAUCAGAUAUUAAAUAUUUAACAUUAGUUCAAUAAUAAUUCAAAUUUAUUAUAUUGUGAAUCCUCGAAUUAUUAAAUUUUAUCUGAAUUGGCAGAAUUAAAAUCAACAGGUGUAUUUUUAUCGAAUGAUGCUGCUAUAUCGAAAGAACUUGAGAAUCUAGGUAAUAAAUUUGAUCAAUUAUAUGCAAAAAGAGCUUUUGUUCAUUGGUUUGUAGGUGAAGGAUUAGAAUCUGGUGAACUUACUUCAGCAAGAGAAGAUUUAGCUGCUCUAAUUAAAGAUUAUUAAGACUUUACUAAUCCUAUAAGUUAAGCUUAUUUUGAUGAAUAAUAUUUUUGA